CUCCUCCAUCAGCUUCCUGUGGAUAUAUGUGACGACAUGGAGGCAUCAAAGAAGACUUAAGAGCAGUCGGUAGACGGUGAAGCAACAGCCCAGCUAUGUUCAGAGCAGUUUUUGGAAACAAGAGAGAUGGAGGAGGAAAACGAGGGGGGGAAAAGAGCCAGAGGCACUCAGGUGAUGAGGUGUAUGCCCACAGCACCUUGCAGAGAGGCAGCGGCCAGCGCGCCUCUCACUUCCAGGACCGCGACGGCGGCUGCACCAAAAGCUCGGCAAAACAGAAGAGACUGACCAAGGGCGUGUCCAUUUCUUUGCCCUCCUCCCCUCUUCUCCCUCACCAGGCCGACAUCGUUCCCUCCCAGUCGUGCAGCAAGUUCCCAGGACGGGUAAGGAGGCUGGAGUAUGUGGAUGGCUCUUCCAGCGCGAGAGAGCCACUCGUCUUUGCCUCAUGCCGUGGCAAGGCAGACCACAGAGACCUCCACGUGGAGCCACAGCCUGGCUCCUCCCUCUCUAACCAGGAACUAAUGACCAGACUAUGCUUCUUAUUGGGAGAAACAACGCCCGGUACUGCUAGCUCUCCUAUGGAGGACAGGAGGGAAAAGAAGUAUGAUUCCUCUGCUCAGGGGGGGAGUCCCAGCUCCACCCUGACCUGCAGCACAGCCUCACCCUGCUCAGAGAGCCCCUCGUCCACCCUGAGCACCAGUGCGGGAGGCCAGUCUUUGCCUCAGCCUUUACCCUUACCUUCUCCCCACUGUGGCUCUAGCAGCAGUCCCAGUGGAACCCUCUCUAGCCCUGCAUCCAGCCCAGCCCCUUGCCCUCCUUGUGGACUCAUGACUGGGAGCAGCCCAGGGCCUCCAUCUCAAAGCCCCACCUCAACGUUGGAGAGCAAGGAUAGUGGAAUUAUAGCCUUCAGGCUUCAGCUCCCUCCUGUCAAAACUGGGACACUGCUGUCUUUGUUGCUUACGGGUCUGAUUCUCCCAAAAUAG